UGUGUACCAAUCCCACCCGCCCACCUGGAUCAAUGGUGGUUAACUAUUAGGCCGCAGGAGUGUGAGAUUACAAAAACCGAUUGCAGCGCUGGGACGAACAGAACAGCGCAGCCAUGAAAGUCCCGGAGCGCCGCGGUCCUCUGCUUCUCCUCUUCUGCCUGAUUCCGAUCUGUGUCAUCAGAGGAGCAAGUCCUCCAAAGAGUAAAGAGUCCCAUGAAAUCUGUUGUUCCGACAGUGACGAGGUUGUGCACAUCACCAGGACCACUACUCUGGCUACCACUCUGGCUACCACUCCAGCUACCACUCCGGCUACCACCACUGAAAAGAUCCCUACUGAAGAUGAGUAUCUACAAAUCGGGAACUGCAUGGAGCAGAAAUUCACUUACCAGUCGUGUCAGAAGGUCUUCUGCCCCCCAUGGAUGAGGUGCAUCAAAGGACAGUGCCUUUGCAAGCUGCCCUAUCAGUGCCCAAAGGACACGGGCUCCCCGUCCUGUGGCACCGACCAGAGAAACUACAGGUCCUUCUGUCAGGUGAAGAGCAUGGGCUGCAACGGCAGAAAUGUGAACUUCUCACACACUGGUAACAACUGUACAGACCAGUUUCAGUCUUGGUUAAAUCUCACAUCAGACAACGUAACUUCUCUGGUCCAAAUGCAGUGGCCUGGCUCUUCCAAGAACCUGCUCAUCUGUGGAGACACCUGGAAAAUCCCAGCAGCGAAUGUCAUCUGCAGUCAAGAUGGACAUGAAAGAGGUGCAAAAGAAGCCAACACCUUAAAGUACUCGGAGGUCACCACAGCCAACAAGCCACUCAAGUGUGUAAACGUCCUGUGCACCGGACUGGAGAGCACCUUGGCGGAGUGCACCAUCUACAAAGAGAAAAACUUAACAGAGAACAUGAAUGUCGCCACCGUCCAGUGCUACACGGACACCUACAGGGUUUGUCACCUUAGCAGAGAGUUUCCCUGCGUCAAUGGGAAAUGCAUUGCCUUGAACAGGACUUGUGAUGGCAUCAACGACUGCGGGGACCAAAGUGAUGAGCUCUGCUGCAAAAAAUGCAGAGAUGGCUUUCAAUGCAAGUCGGACGUGUGCAUCCCCUGGGAGUCCGUUAAGGACGGCGUGCACGACUGCCUGGGAGGAGAGGAUGAGACCGAAGCAGCAGAAGACUCAAAGAAGCGUAAGGAGCAUCCCGUGUCUACACAUUCUGGAAGAACUUUAUUUGCUGGAAGCCAUUCUUCACAAGCCAUUUCCAACGUGACCGAAGGAAGCCAUUCUUCACAAGCCAUUUCCAACGUGACCGAAGAAAUCGUAGCUACCAGGAAUGCAAUCUCAUCUUUAACUUGUGGGGUACGCAAAGCAACCCCGGUGCGAGCCAAGCGUCUUUUGGGAGGAAAGGUCGCGCUUAAGGGGGAGGUUCCAUGGCAAGUAGGAAUUGACGACCAGAACGAAGUCUACUGUGGAGGAAUUUACAUUGGGGGCUGCUGGGUGCUGACGGCUGCCCACUGCGUGAGGCCAAAACCCGAGCUGUAUCGGGUGAAGCUUGGCAUGUGGAACUCCAUAAAAAGCGACGUGAACACCGACUCCUUGCCUGCGGAAAAGGUCAUCAUCCACGAGGACUUCAACCCCUCCACAUACGAGAACGACAUCGCGCUGAUCAAGUUCAAGAAUGUUUAUAAGAACAAGGAGUGCAUCCGAGAGAAUAAGUUCAUCGCCCCCGUCUGCGUUCCCUGGUCGGAGUAUCAAUUCAAACCUGGUCAUAAAUGCAUUAUUUCUGGUUGGGGGCGCGCAGAAGCAUAUAAACGAGUCUAUAUUCUGAAUGUGGCCACCAUUGAGAUUAUCGGGAACUGUUCCGGCAUUUAUAAAAACCGCUAUUUCAAAGGGAUGGAAUGUGCCGGUACCUUUGAUGGAUCAGUGGACACCUGCCAAGGCGACUCUGGUGGGCCGCUCGUGUGCACAGAUGACAGUGGGGUGGCCUAUGUGUGGGGGAUCGUCAGCUGGGGUGAAAAAUGCGGAGUUGCCUAUUACCCUGGGUGUACACCAAAGUCGCCUACUACUACGAAUGGAUCAGUUACCACGUGGGCAGAAGUAGCAUUAGCAGGUAUAACAUAUGAAGGAAAGAAAACCAGAAGCUGUAGUCCUGUGGGCCUGACAAAUAACAGAGCAAUGGCAACAGGCAACUUCACAGAAGAGGAGAAGCCAGUAAUGAAAAGGCAUCAGUCAAUUAAAAUGAGUUCUGAAAUCACCAUUUUGUGUGAGGUGUCCUUGUUUGAGUUUCCUUCACUGUGAGGACCUGUUGUGCUUGUCUGCGUACAGCAGGCUUAUGAGUGGGUAGUAAGAGCCAAGUAAAGAACCCACCUUAAUAAAAGGACAAGUGUUUGCGAGGUU